AUGGCCCUCCAGGAAGUUCCGGCAGUCCACACCCACCACGUCCACGUCCACCUAGCAACUGGGCAGCAAACCUGGUUGCUGGUGAUUUUUGAAUCCCACCCCUGGUUGCUGGACAAGUUGAUGAACGUGGGCCAGAGAUCUUGGUUGAAAAAAAGUGUCUUGAGUAUGCAGAAAGCCCUGGCGCUCUUCCUGCUGUUGAUUCAGAUCUACCAGACAACAGAGGCUCACCCCACGGGGUCUUCGCUCCAAGAGAUGUUGGAAGCCUGGCAAGGAUACCAAGAGGCCUGCAUUCGAAAGAUGACAGAAGAGCCUCAACCAACAGUGCAAGAUGGGUUCGUGUUCCAGAAAUGUGGCGCAGAUGGGCAGUGGGUGGUUGAUGCCUCUGGACUGCCGUGGCGGGAUCAUUCCCAGUGCGUGGGCCCCCGCGAUGAUCUCCCCUUGCAGAAACGUUUGUGGAUCCUGGAACAAUUCCGCUGGAUGUACACCGUAGGGUACUCCCUCUCGCUCGUGUCGCUCCUUGUGGCUUUGACACUGCUGGCAGCCUUCAGGAAGCUUCGAUGCAUGCGCAACUUCAUCCACAUGAACCUGUUCCUGUCCCAUGUGCUGCGAGCAGCCGCCAUCCUUCUCCGAGACUCCCUGCUCUGGCUACACUUCCCCAGGGGCCUCCAGGUGGAUCUCUCGGAUCUUCCAAGGGAUCAGGCUGUAACUGGCUGUCGGCUAGCACAAAUCCUAACCCACUAUUGUGUCUGCGCAAACUACUUUUGGCUACUAGUAGAAGGCCUCUACCUGCACAACCUUCUCGGACCUAUGGCCUUCUUGGAAGAAAGUUACCUCCCUGCAUACCUGCUCCUAGGAUGGGGGACACCUCUCUUUUUUGUCAUCCCGUGGGGGAUCAUGAGAUACCUCGAUGAAAACAAUGAGUGCUGGGAGAGAAAUGACAACCUGGGCUACUGGUGGAUCAUCCGUUGCCCAAUUUUGGUAUCAAUUUUGGUUAACUUCGUGAUUUUCAUCCGGGUGCUUAAGAUCGUGAACUCCAAGCUUCGGGCCCAGCAAAUCCAUUACACGGAUUAUAAGUGUAGGUUGGCCAGGUCGACUCUGACCCUCAUCCCGCUGCUGGGCACCCACGGGGUGGCCUUCGCCCUGGUGACAGAGGAGCAGGCCCUGGGCCCCCUGCGCUACGUCAAAUUCUUCUUUGAGCUCUUCUUCAACUCCUUCCAGGGUUUGUUGGUGAGCACGCUUUACUGCUUUGUCAAUAAAGAGGUCCAGUCCGAGAUCCAGAGAAACUGGCGGAUGUGCCAGGUGAACAUCGGCCUGCUGGAGAGACCGGGAUGCCAUUUUGGCCCCUGCUGUUCCUGGUGCAACCGAAAAAGCCCGACCAGGAAGCCCAGCUGUGCUCAGAUUUACAUCCAAGUAGAACCCAAUGUUGCCCCGAGGGACUUGGACAGUGGGGUGGGCACUCCGUUCCAGCAGGCGCCCGCAAACUACAACUCCCAUUGGUACAUCCCCGUCAGGAUGAAAGCGGAGAACUAG